CCGGGUGGUCCUGGUGGUCCUGGUGGUCCUGGUGGUCCUGGCGGCGGUGGAGGAGAAGGCAAUCAAGCCUAUGGAAGGCGAAACGUGAGGCUGGCACCGGAAGUGAACCGCAUCUUGUACGUCCGCAACUUGCCCUACAAAAUUAGUGCGGAUGAACUGUAUGAUAUCUUUGGAAAGUACGGUUCACUUCGCCAAAUCCGCCGUGGUAAUGGUCCAGAGACCAGAGGAACCUGCUUCGUGGUGUACGACGACAUCUAUGAUGCCAAAAAUGCUAUGGAUCACUUGAGUGGUUUCAACGUGGCUGGUCGGUAUUUGGUGCUGCUCUAUUACAACCCACAGAAGAUGCAGGCAAAGGUGGAUGCCAAGAGCAAACGGGACCAGAUUGAAGCUCUCAAGAAGAAGUUCCUAUGAGCUGGAGACAGACUCCAUGCGAUGUGAAGCGAUUCGCUGUUCAAAGCUGGUGCAUCCGUUGGGUUGACGUUGAGGGUGCUUGACACUUUCAAGGUUUGUUAG